AUGGACGGCGCUAGUUCUUCACCUUUUUUCCUAGGUUUCGACUUGUCGACGCAAAGCCUCAAAGCCGUCUUGAUAUCAGAGGAUAGCUCCGUUGCGCAUGAGUCUGCUGUUCACUUUGAUCGUGAUCUCCCUCACCAUGGAACCACGAAUGGGGCCAUUCGUGGACCUGGAAUAGGCGAGGUUACGUCUCCAGUUCAUAUGUGGCUUGAAGCUUUCGACCUCAUCUUGGAGAGGAUGAAAGCUGCUGGCGUCGAUUUCGGUCGUAUACUUGCUAUUUCUGGUGAUGGACAGCAACAUGGAUCUGUAUACUGGUCUCUGGAUGCCGAGAAAAUGCUUACCACUCUCGACCCCUCUAAGCCCCUCGACCAACUCGCACCGGGUGCAUUCUCACUGCCAAAUGCUCCCAUCUGGCAGGAUUCUUCCACCACGCGUGAGUGCCGCGAGCUCGAAGCCGCUGUGGGUGGAGCGCAAGCUCUCGCGGAUCUAACUGGUAGUCGCGCUUACGAGCGAUUCACUGGCACACAGAUUGCGAAGAUCCGCCGCGUCAGUCCAGAGGCAUAUAACGCUACGUCACGCGUCUCGUUAGUGUCGUCGUUCAUGCCUUCUGUCUUUCUUGGAGCAAUCGCACCCAUAGAGAUGCAUGCGGAGGCCCCGAAUUGCGAACCAAAAUUGGGCCCGAACCGGUACCGGGAGGAAGCGUGCUUGGCAGGAUCAGCCCUUACUGGACUCAGCGAUGGGGUUUCAAUCCAGGCAUGUGUUGACGUUGAUGAUUUGUGUGAUAAUCCCGCGACUGUUGUUGCGCUCUCUACCCCUGGCGAUGCCAUUCUGUCUCUCGGUACUUCUACAACUUUUCUCCUUUCCAUCCCUCCUGCCGACACUCCCCCUAAACGUUUCACUACAUCUCAUCUGCUCUCUCACCCUACGACGCUCGAUGCGCAGAUUGCCAUGCUCUGCUACAAAAACGGCGCGUUGGCACGUGAACAGGUGCGAGAUCGAUACGCCAAUGGGGACUGGACAAGAUUCAACGAGCUCGUUGAGCAGACUGUCGUCGGAAAUGAUGGAUACUUGGGAUUCUACUUCCCCCUUCCCGAGAUUAUUCCACCUAAUGUCCACGGUAACUUUCUGUUCCAUGUCACUCCCUCUGCCACCGAUGUUGCAUCUGUCUUGGAGGAUACAAUGCCCGCGGCGGCGCACCCGCGUGCGAUCCUCGAGUCGCAGUUCCUCUCCAUCCGAGCGCGCAUUACCGCGAUCUUGCCUCCAGACGCGCCACCCCUGCAGCGCCUCGUUGUGUGUGGCGGAUCUUCUGCGAACCCAGUCAUUCGUCAGCUUGCCGCGGAUGUGUUUGGUAUGCGUGUCUUCAUCGCUGGCCAGCAGGGUGCGGCGGAGGGUGGUGCGCAGCUUGCACGAUAUGCGUGGUGGCGCACCCAGAAUGGCGGUGUAGGAACGUUCGAAGAAAUGCGCGCCACGGACCCAAUGGGCGGUCGCAUGAAGUGUGUGGCGGAACCACGGGAUGCGAACGUCGCCGUGUAUGCCGGCUUGAUCGACGCUUACCAAAAAUGUGAGGACCGUGUAGUGAUGCUGUGUGAGGCUUUCGCUUGA